CUUAACUAAAAUCACCCCCCAUGGCUUCCAUCGCCCUCAAAACCUUCGUCGGCCUCCGCCAGUCGACGCCGGAAAAUAACGCUAUAGUUCUCUCCAAGCCCAUCGCCACCACCACCUUGCCCUACCGUAGGUUACGCGUAAAUGCCUCGAAAUCCAGCCCCCGAGUCACUGGGCGCAACCUUAGAGUCGCUGUGGUUGGAGGCGGUCCUGCUGGUGGCGCCGCCGCGGAGACACUGGCCAAGGGAGGCAUCGAGACGUUCCUCAUCGAACGGAAAUUGGACAACUGCAAGCCCUGUGGCGGCGCAAUCCCUCUAUGCAUGGUCGGGGAAUUCGACCUUCCGCUGGACAUCAUUGACCGUAGAGUGACCAAAAUGAAGAUGAUUUCGCCCUCUAAUGUUGCCGUGGACAUUGGCCAAACCCUGAAGCCCCACGAGUAUAUUGGCAUGGUCCGCCGCGAAGUACUCGAUGCUUACCUCCGCGACCGCGCCUCCGACGCCGGAGCCACUGUCAUCAACGGCCUCUUCUUGAAAAUGGACCUGCCCCAGUCCAAGAACGCGCCGUACGUUUUACACUAUACCGACUACAACGCGAAAACAGGGAGCGCUGGCGAGAAGAAGACUAUGGAAGUAGACGCCGUCAUUGGCGCCGACGGCGCCAACUCCCGCGUCGCAAAAGGCAUCAACGCCGGCGACUACGAUUACGCCAUUGCCUUUCAAGAGCGCAUCAAAAUCUCAGAUGAAAAAAUGAAGUACUACGAAAAUUUGGCAGAAAUGUACGUCGGUGAAGAUGUCUCGCCUGAUUUCUACGGUUGGGUUUUCCCCAAAUGCGACCACGUCGCCGUCGGUACCGGCACGGUGACCCACAAAGGCGACAUCAAGAAAUUCCAACUCGCGACUAGACUCCGCGCCCGAGACAAAAUCGAAGGGGGGAGAAUCAUCCGCGUGGAAGCCCACCCCAUCCCUGAACACCCGCGGCCAAAGCGAGUCCUCGACAGGGUUGCGCUGGUCGGCGACGCCGCCGGGUAUGUUACAAAAUGCUCCGGCGAGGGGAUAUACUUCGCGGCGAAGAGCGGGCGGAUGUGCGCUGAGGCGAUAGUGGAGGGAUCGGAGAACGGGAAGAGGAUGGUGGAGGAGAGUGAUUUGAGGGUGUAUUUGGAGAAGUGGGACAAGACGUAUUGGCCGACGUACAAGGUUUUGGAUAUCCUGCAGAAGGUUUUCUACCGAUCGAAUCCGGCGAAGGAGGCAUUCGUGGAGAUGUGCGCCGACGAGUAUGUGCAGAAGAUGACCUUCGACAGCUAUUUGUACAAGCGGGUCGUGCCCGGGAACCCGUUGGAGGAUUUGAAGUUGGCUGUGAACACCAUUGGGAGCCUGGUAAGGGCUAAUGCGCUGAGGAAGGAGAUGGAGAAGCUUAGUGUAUAAGCGGGUGGAUGACCCGGUUGGAAGGUAUUGAUCAGUAGUUGAUCACUUGUUUGUGGGAGGCAAUUGAUUUAUACGAGGAAGGUUGUGGAAUUCCUCGAAUGAGAGAGUUGUACUUUGCUAUAUGUUAAUUCUACCUAUCUGUCUGAAAUACUUCUGUUGUAGUUGAAGCCUGUAAGAUAAAGCUAUGUUGAUUAGAACAA